AUGACUGAUCUUCGUCGUCGAUUUCAGAAUCCGAUCGGAUUACGGGCGCUCGCGCACGGCUCCUACAACGAGCUCUGUCGGCCUUGCGUAGACUGUGGUCUCUACACGGGAAGUUACUGUGACGGCGACAGUGAGGAUUGCUUCGCUGCCGAUCGUGUGCCGAGCGAACAAUGGGCCGACAAUCAGCGUACUCCGCUCUGCACCGCCUGUGAUCGCAGGCACGACAUGUGCCGCUUCUGUCGAGGGAUCCCUUGGGCGACGCCGCCAGCACACCGCGAUCGCGAUCGACACCAGCCGGCUGGCCAUGAUCACGGGCCGGUGCCGAAGGCUCCGCCUGGUGCUCAUGAAGCCGCUCCGAACAGAGGCUUCGAUCAGCCGGUCUUUUAUGUGGAUCAUCAGGGGGGCCAGCCCUCUCAGGGCAGGAUGAAUGCUGCCUGGGCUGGCCCAUCUCCGAGUUUCGCUGGUGGCAGCUCGACUCCGGGGACCAAAGCUCCGCCGACCCCCAAUCAGAUCGCAGCGUAUCAGGCUGGUCGCGCUGGAGCUCCUCCGCGGGCCAAGCCCAAAGCGGAGCCUUCGGCAGCGUUUCGGCAGGCAGAAGCGGAGCUCAUUGAGCUGCUCGGUGCUGCCCACCUGGACGAUCCGGCGUCGGAUCGUUAA